AUGCUUUCACAAUUUAGAAUGGUUGAAAGUUCUCUGAAUGGAAAAUAUGAUGUAGAAAUAACAAAUGUUACAGAAUGGAAUAAUGAAUUUUAUGAAUGUCAAGUUACAUCAUCAAAAACUUAUAAUAAUUUUGAAAAAAAUAAACCACCUUAUUUAGAAGUUACAAUAGAUGGUGAUAAUGAUACUUUAAAACAAAGUGAUGAAGAUAGGCUUAUAUGUAGUGUUAAUUUAAAACCAGAACAUAGUGGUAAAUAUACAUUAUAUCAUAAUAAUGAACUUCUUAAAAAAGCAACAAAAAAAGUUUUAUAUAUUGAAUAUCUUAUACCAGAUGAUUAUAAUUCACGUUUUACAUGUCAUAUAAAAAAUGCAUUAGGAUCUAGUUCUAAUACAAUAUUAUUAAAUCUUAAAUAUGAACAUAAAUUUAUAAUUUCAUCACAGGUGAAAAUUGUUAAUCAAAAUGAAAUAGCAGAAUUUUAUUCUACAAUUAAUGAUUUUAAAUCAGUUAUACUUUCACAUAAUUUAUUUAUUGAAGGUGAUCUUCAAGUACGUACAAAUGAUACAGUAUUUGUUAAUCAUGAAUCAAUAGCAAUAUUAUCAUGUGAAUUUCAUGGAUAUCCAAAACCUGGUGAUAUUAUAUGA